UUUUUAAAUCUAAUUCCAUUAUUAUCAUUAACGGAAUCUGUUUAAUUUAUAAAAAAAAACACCACUAUUUAAGGAGAGCGAAACAAUAGAAAUAAACCAAGCACUAACCAUGGGGAAAAAUAACAUGCUUCAUAAUAUUAAUCGCAUGCUAAAGGUUGUCUUGGAUGAUAACCGCGAGAUAACGGGAAAGCUUUUAGUUUAUGAUCAGCAUAUGAAUGUGGUUCUUAGCGAAGCAAACGAAACGCGCCCGUUAACGAAGAAAAUGAAAGAAGAAUCAAUAAAUUCAACACGAAGUUUAGGGCUUAUUCUUCUUCGUGGCGAGCACAUCGUUUCGGUGACCACGCUUAAAAAUGAAAAGAGUGAAAAAGCCGCGGCGGAGGCGGUGGAUUUUGGAAAGGCUCCCAAGUCGAGGAAGGCGGUGGCGAAACGCAUGAGGGAAAAUUAACAAGGAGGAACAUUCCUUAGCGUUUAAAAAAAACUGAAAGAAAUCUUUAAUUUUUUUCUAGCAAACCAGCGCGACGUUUCGAUAUUCAUUGAGUGGAGUUUUAUUCUUUGAGUAAACAUAUGAAUUGUAUUUGCGGGGGGUAGCAAAGGGAAUUCAAAGCAUCGUAGAAGCAACCACAAACGUUUUUCCAACCCCACUGCGGGCGUCAUAUCAUUACACUUAUGACGUCUAUUUCGUGAACUUGUUCCUUGAAACAAUUCAGGAUGGGUUCAUUUUUAUGAAUUCUUGUUAAAAAAAAA